ACUACUCCCAAUCCCAAAGCCCCAACGUCUGUCUUUAAAAAGCUCUCCGUUGGAGGGCUUAAUCGUCUCUCCAACAUAUCUUCUUCUCUAUUUCAUUUCUCCACUGCUAAUUAAUCUCCGAUGGCAAAGAUGACACACCAAAAUCAGAGAAACACCGCAAACAGCAACAAUUGUAAUGGUAGCAACACCAUACCUGCAACAAAGCUGAAACGAACCAGGAAGAGUGUCCCAAGAGACUCUCCCGCUCAACGUAGCUCAAUCUACCGAGGAGUCACGAGGCAUCGCUGGACGGGUCGAUAUGAGGCUCAUUUGUGGGAUAAGAAUUGCUGGAGUGAAUCUCAAAAGAAGAAAGGAAGACAAGUCUAUCUUGGAGCUUACGACGACGAGGAAGCAGCAGCACAUGCUUAUGACUCGGCAGCAUUGAAGUACUGGGGACAAGACACUGUACUUAAUUUUCCGUUAUCGACAUACCAAGAAGAGCUAAAAGAAAUGGAAGGCCUGUCCAGAGAAGAAUACAUCGGAUCAUUGAGAAGGAAAAGUAGUGGGUUUUCCAGGGGAGUCUCAAAGUACCGUGGGGUUGCAAGACAUCACCAUAAUGGAAGAUGGGAAGCUCGGAUUGGCAGAGUUUUUGGUAACAAAUACCUCUACCUUGGGACAUUUGCCACCCAAGAGGAAGCAGCAGCUGCAUACGAUAUAGCAGCUAUCGAGUACCGGGGACUCAACGCCGUUACCAACUUCGACAUCAGCCGUUACAUCAAGUGCCUCCGACCCAACCCCGAUAACCCGGAUAACAACCCAAACCCGAACCUUGACCCUAUUCACGAGCUUGGGUCUAGCUUUCUCCACCACCAGGACACCGGCGUGGGCGAGCCGGCCGUUGCUCAGCCGCGACCAACCGGCAGCCCCACCGCCUCGUCGGCACUGGGGCUGUUGCUUCAGUCAUCGAAGUUGAAGGAGAUGCUCGAGAGGACGUCGACGGCCGACUCCCCGUCUACCCCGCCGGAAUCUGAGGCUGACCCGCCUCGGUGCAGUUUUCCAGAUGACAUACAGACGUACUUCGAUUGCCCCGAUUCCGGAAGCUACGCCGACCUGGACGACCUUAUUAUCUUCGACGAUCUUGACUCGUUCGUGCCUUCGAUCUAUGAGUGUGAAUUGGAUGGUUAGUGGAGAAACUCAGCGAUUUAUUCUGUCCUUGAUGUUUGAUUAGGGAACAAAAUUAGGGUUUAGAAAUCAUAAACAGGUUUUGUCUGUAGAAGAAAAGGACGGUUGGACCCGAUUAGAAAGAACAAGAGUAAAAACAAGAAAGAGAAAUCCUGUUUGCAGGGUUAAGCUUGCCAAUUAUUGUUUUCUUUUUUGGUAAACAAUUCUUGGUUCGUUUUAUAUACGUAUAGACAAAUUAGUUUUUUGAUGACACAUGUC